AUGGUGCCAGUACAUUUAGAAGACUCACAUUUUGUGUUAUAUAUCCCUGAAUUACCUGUUUCCAAACUUGUAGAUGCAGAACUUUGUGAGCGGUCGCUGCAGGAGGAUCCAUCUUCUUCCAUUGCCACUGUAACCAGUGACGAGGUUUUCAUGAUUUCAGACGGAAGCAACAAAGAGAAUUUCAGCUUCCCCAGCUACCCAAAGGGUCGCAUUCUUAAGAGGAGUGUUACCAGCCCGGCAUCUGUAUCGGACUGGUUGAAUGCCGAUUAUACAAGUGUGGAUCUCAGUGUGGACGACAAAGAGGCUGAAAGUCUAGAGGUGGAUUCAGCGAGACAGAGAACAUGGAGCAUCCGUACCUUUAACAGUCUCCUGCCACCAAUACCACAGCUUCAGGUGAAAUGGAGCAGCCGGAUAUCUGCUGGUUCCUUCACUAAACUAGUAGACAGUGGUUGUACCGUUCCACCCACUAUCUCAAGCCCUCAUAUUCCUAGAAGAGCAGGCUCGGCUAUACAGAUAGAGGGCAGUACCAGCCGUUUAUUCUCUGAGUCUUCAGACAGCAAUGCCUCCUAUCCCCUCACCAAUUCCGCACAGCUAAAUCGCAAACUCCCGUCCUGCAAUCUCAAGAGGACCCGGCCUUAUUUCGGGUUUCUGAAUGGUACCUCAGAUGCUCUCCGCUCUUCCAAUACGAAAACUACGUGUUCUAAGGAGAAACACCUAUGCCAACAUUCUGGCACAGAAUUCACAGGUUGUUUCAAAAGCCCUAUGACUAAUGGAGUUCACACCAAAGAGCUUUCUAUGGAUGUGGAGAAGCCAAAGACUGUUUUUGUAAUUUGCGAAGAAGCAGAUGACCAACAGCCUCUGGUAUUUGAUGACCACCUGAGUCCUAGUGAAGAAGUAUUAUCUGGAUCUUUUGAGGGUAGAUGUGAAGAUGAUGCCGCAAUGGAUAGUUGUGAUUUCAGCACCCAUGUGAAAGUUCCAGAAGAUUACACAUAUCCAUGUACAAGGAUCACAUCUUCAUUUAACUCUCAGUCCACAACCAUUAAUUCUAGACACAAAUCUGCACCGGAUACACAUUCUCCAUUUAACCAGAUGGGGUUGGCUACAGACUGA